AAAUAAGAAAAAAGUGUUUUACCCAAUAAAAUGUUUAGCAGUUUUUAGAUAAUGACUGCUGUUGAUUUGUUGGAACACCCUUCAGACACUUUCAACAAGCCUAUAGAUUCAAUACCUGGUGAAUCUACACCUAGUGAAAAUAACGGCAAUGUAAAAUUGUCAUGUGAUGAAUUUACAGAUGCAGAGAGUGAUGAUUCUCUCGAAUUGAUGAUAGCAGAAGGUUUGUCUCAACUUGGUUACAGCUCAGAUGGAACAAGCCAAGUAUUUUUGAAUUUAAACCUUAUGAAUAAAGGUCUGCAGGAGGUCAACUUUCUAGAAAAAUUUGAAAAUAUUCAAGUUUUGGAUGUGUCACAUAACAACCUCACUGAUUUAGUGGUUUUGAAAUGGCUACCUCAUCUGAUAUCAUUAAAUGCAUCAUACAAUAAUUUAACAGAGGUCAUCAACUUCAAUCCUCCUGUUGGUAUCAGAGAAAUGAACUUUUCAAAUAAUACUAUUGAAAUUAUUGGUGACUUAAGCUGUCAUACUUUGUUGAAUACACUGUUGUUGGAUCAUAAUUCAAUAGAAGAGAUUGCUGGAAUAGAAAACUGUGUCUGUCUGAAGAAUCUCAGUUUAUCUUCCAACAACAUCCAUAAAAUUUCAGGCUUGGGUUAUUUGCCUUUAAAUCAACUUGAUUUGAGCAACAAUAAUAUAAGGAAGAUUGAAAACAUCGAAAAUCUAAAAGUUCUUCAGUAUGUCAACUUAGCGGAGAAUUCUCUUCGCAGUUUACGGGGAUUACAAAGACACUCUCUGCUUGAAGAAAUCAAUUUAGAAGGAAAUCAGAUCUUGGAUAUGUCUGAAAUAAGAUACAUACGAAAUCUUCGGAUGUUGAGAAUCUUGAAUUUGAACAGAAACGCAAUCCAGGAUACUGCAGAUUAUCGGUUGUCCAUCUUGUUCAGAGUGAUGACGUUGGUUGAGUUGGAUGCAAAACCUGUAUGUGCUGAGGAAAAGGUUGCGGCUCAAAAUCUUUUUAACCCAAGUCCGCAUCUCAUAGCAAGUAGGGAUCGCAUGUACAAUCUUAUGAUGUCUUACGAGCAACCUGUCACUCUUCUUGAUAGUACGUUAGCUAGCAGUGAGCCGUAUCCAAUGCUGAUCAUCACCGGACCAAUUGGAAUGGGAAAAAAAGCUCUGGCUCAUAGAUUGUGUCGAGAAUUUCCGAAUUAUUUUGGUAUGAGCAUCAAUCAUACGACGAGAGAGAUUAGAGACAAUUUGUUGUAUGGUGAAGGAAAAUGCGAGCAACAAGGAGUAACCUAUCACUUUGUCAGCAACAACGAGUUUGAACACAUCAGAGAUAAAGGAAUGUUCCUUCAGACGUGUGGACUAUAUGGAAGUUACUAUGGUGUGUCCAAGAACUCGAUUGAACAUGUCGCAAAGCAAGGCCUAGCAUGUGUGUUGAGCUUGGAAAUUGAGGGUGUGAUGGCGUUUAAAAAAACUCAUUUCCAACCAAGAUAUGUGUUGGUCUUACCAGAAAACAAAAAGGCUAACAAAGAGGUUUUGAGUAGCAGUGAUAGAUACACUGAAUCUCAAAUUGCUACAAGUCUAGAGAAGAUUGAGAAAUACAUCGAACAAAACCAGGACCACCCGGGGUAUUUUGAUGCCACCAUUGUAGAAGAUGAUUUCGAAGAAAGAUAUUUGCAACUAAAAAAUACUGUUAUCGAUUACCUUGGCUUCACUCCACCAAACACUGCUAAACAGUAUGCGGCUUCCGCUGUGUUUCCAGCCACGGUCGAAUCUGAACAAAAAUCGCAUAGUAGAGAAAAGAUGUUUCCGUCGUCUUCAUUUCGAAUGGGAAAUAACUCUUCAAGUAUUUUAAAAAUUCGCGACUCCGAUUUGCACACUUCACCAGCGGCUAUGGCUUCUUACGAAAGACGAUAUGAAAAAACUAAAGCUGCCAUGAUGGGUUUGACGUCAUCGUUUGAUGAACAAAUAUCCAAAGUCCGCACACCACUUUCGUCAACAGUUGUACCACAUGUUCCUGCAUGUACAGACUUUACCAACACGUUUCCCGACGACAAGCUUUACACUGCACCGACCAGAAUCACAACAACCGAAACGAGGGUCAUUAAAGCAUCGUCAGAACACGAACCUUUUGAUCGGAACUCGAACUUUUCUCUUACCCCUGAUGUAUUGCAAACUGAAGAAGUCUCUGUUAGCGCUAUUCUUGACAGUGGUUCAGAAACGAGUAUAUAAUACCAACUGCGAAAAGUGGGGUUACAUCAUCGAAUACACUCCAGUAAUGUGAAGAUAAUUCUGACGAUAAAUAUUUUAAAAAGCCCUGCUUGUCGCGUGAAGUCAUAACAGAAUUAAUUGACCCAUAUUUUUUUAAAAGUACUGUUAUUUCCUUUGUUUUCGAAAUUGUGUUCAUGAGCAUAAAAUUCGUAGAAUGUAUGAACAAAUUUUAUUGAAUGUGGUUUACAAAGUCUCCAGUUAAUAUAUUUUUAAUAUUGUAAAUUUAUUAUAUAGUUCUAAUAUAUAUAUAUAACAUAUUAAAGAAAAAAUGUAAU